UAGAUCCGCCCCUGUAUAUAUUACCUAAUGACUUUUCUACCCUUAGCAUAAUUUCAAAACAAUAUUGACUCCCCCUCUCCUCAAUUUAUCGGCGGCAGUUUGGGCAAAUUCAGCAGAAUUCAAAUUGACGACUUCGUGAGUGCAGUUUACCCCACCAUUCAAUCAAUAGUAGCUGCAUUAGGAGAUAUUAUGGCGGAGGGUUCAAGGGGACAUGUUGUUCGCUCAACCGGAAAUCCCUCUGAAGGUACCCCCUUGACUUCUCAACGGAAAUUUCGUAAAGGCGACCGAUCUCGUAGGAUUUGGACGGUUCAAGAGAAAGAAAUCCUUGCUGCAUGUUUGCUGGAUCUGGUCUCUACGGGAUGGAAAUCUGACAAUGGCUUCAGGACUGGGUAUUUAGGAAAGAUCGAGGAUGCUAUUCGGAAGGAAUUCCCAAACACGGACAUCAAAGGCACUCCUCAUGUAAAUUCAAAACUCACUGCUUGGAAGAAGAGCUACCAAAGCCUGUGAGGUAUACUUGGACGGAGUGGCGUGGGAUUCAAUUCUGAUGGAGAAUACCGGAUUGAAUGUGAUGAUGAUCAAUGGGAAGCAAUCGUAAUGGCCGAUAAGGACGCCAAGUUUAUGCGCCAUAAGUCUUGGCCGUUAUGGACAACGUGGAAGAUGAUAUUCGGUAAGGAUCGUGCGAGUGGUGGCGGGGCUGAGCAGAUAAAUGAUGCGGCUGAGAUCCUACGGAGCCAACCAGGCACACACAGUGAGGUUAAUGAAAAUGACUACCAUCCAAGCCUCAACGACAUUGAAGCAGAUAAGUUCGUACCUUCAUCUAAUCCGACGGGCAAUCAGGACAUUAGCGAGGGAAACAGUAUCAGAAAACAAACAUCAACUAACAAGUCUAACUCUAGCAAGAAGCGCAAACUCGAAGGUUCAGAUACUGCACUCAUGGAGUUUCUAGCUAAUCUGCACUCUGAGACAAACUCUCGCUUGGAGGUGAUCUCGAGGCGGAUCGGAUACGAGUUUGAUCUGGGACAGGCUAGACAAGAUGUGUUUGCUAAGAUGUGCGACGUCGACGGUCUAACUCUCGACCAAAGGUACGAGCUUUGUAACAUUCUAGGUGACAAGCCGCAACGAAUGGAGAUCUUUAUGGGAAUGCAGAAGACCGCUCGUCUUGGAUACCUGCUGAAACUAAUAGAGGACAAACAGAAGGGGGCUUGAUUGUGUGAAAAUCAGCGUGUUUUCAUGGUGUUGGUGUUUAAUUAGGCGUAUAUCUAUGAUGCAUAUUUUGGGUUUUUUGCUAGCUUCUUAUCGGGUAUUAAUCUUAGUUGAACUUAGGCGGCGGUUUGGUUGUCAUUUUGAUGUUAUGCUGAGUUGUGGGUGCAGCCAAUCUAUGUAAAAUUAACCUACUGUGUUUAUAUGUACAUUAUGGUAUUUCA